AUGCGCAUUUCGCUUCUGGUUCUGGCCGUCGCCGCGUGCGCGAAGCCAUUUGGUGGGCAGCUGCGAUUCCGCGGCUUGGAGGACGAGACUGCGCCAGCAGUCAGUAAUGCUCCGGUUAUCAACAACAUUCCCAGCAACGCGAACCGCCCCGCUACCAAUGGUACUGUCACCAGCCCCGCCGCGAACAGUGGAGCGCAGGGCACCGCGGCCCUUGAUGCGCUGGUGAAGCGUCGUCUGCCGGCUAGCCUGCAAGGCAAGUUCACCUUCGUGACCGCCCCUGUCCAGUCGAACGAGCACGAUGCUUGGACUGUGAAGGCUUCCGGCGGCAAGGUGACUAUCACCUCUACGAGCACUCCUGGUCUCGGCCGAGCUUUGCUCGAGUACCUCCGCCACCUCGGCGGUGACAUUUACUGGUCCGGCGACACCUUUUCGGACCUGUCCUAUGCCGACGCAGACCUGUCCGGCUCCUCAUGGGCCGAGCACCGACACCUGUUCAAUCUGGUGACGCAUUCGUACUCUCUCGCUUUCUACGACUGGGCCAAGUGGGAGUACCUCCUGGACUGGGCCGUGCUGCACGGCUACAACCUUCCUCUCGCGUACACGGGACAGGAGUAUGUGUAUGCGCAGGUGUGGAAGGACCUCGGCGUUCCAGACGAAGCUGUUCUGAAGUGGGUGACAGGACCUGCGUUCCACGGCUGGUCGAGGCACGGCAACAUUCACGGGAACUGGCACGGCACUACAACCUGGCAAUGGCUUGAGGGCCAGCACAACCUUCAGAAGCAGAUCUUGGCCCGCCAGCGCGAGUUCGGUAUGACGCCUGUUCUGCCCGGAUUUUGCGGCUUUGUCCCCCCCGAGCUUCACAACUACAUUGGCGGCCCGGACUUCAAGACGUACCCCACCUGGAUGUCCUUCCCAGCCGAGUACACCAAAGUCCGAGCCAUUGAUCCGGAGUGGGACACGUGGAACGUCGUGCAGAGUGCGUUCCUGCGCAAGCAGAAGGAGCUUUAUGGCUUCACAUCCGACUACUACAUGGUCGACCUGUUCACUGAGAGCAAGCCCACCUCUACGGACCCGACGUACCUGAAGGGCAUUGCGACGGCGGUUCGUGAGAGUAUCCACGCCGUCGCGCCGAACGCGACGUGGAUCAUGCAAGGCUGGAUCUUCGUCAACGACCCGAAAAGCUGGACCGAGACGGCCUCAAAGGCCUUCCUGGACGGCGCCGGUGAGAGCCUGCUCGUUCUAGACCUUGCGGCUGAGAGCUACCCCCAGUGGAAGCGGUUGAAGAACUUCUUCGGCAGACGCUGGCUCUGGUGCACGCUCAUCAACUACGGGCAGAACGAUGGCCUGUAUGGUGCCCUCGACAAGUGGAACCACGACAUUAUGGACGCCAAGGCGAACGGCGGCCGCCUGAGCGGCAUGGGCAUCGUACCAGAGGGCAUCAACAACAACGAGCACCUUUUCGAACUGGCCACCGAUCAGGGAUGGAGCAGCCAGGCCAUCGACCUGAAGCAGUGGACCCAGAACUGGGUCAAGAGGCGGUACAGGGGCCAGAACUUGGACCUCGCGCAAAAGGCUUGGGAGCUACUCGACAACUCGGUGUACAAAUCCAAUAACACGGCGCUAAAGUGCACGACCCGCAGUCUCAUUGAUCUGCGUCCCGCAGUCAGCGGCCUAAUCGGUACGACGGGCAACUAUCUUGCGACGGCGAUCACGUACGAGCCACGUGACGUCGUAGCCGCACUCGACAACCUUCUUCAGUCCUGGUCAGGAGCCGGCGGACAGCAGUUCGACUACGAUCUGGUCGACGUCGCGCGACAGGUCUUCGUCAACGCCGCGAUUCCGAUCUACCAAGCCAUGAUCAACGCCUGGAACGGAAGUAACAAGGCCGACACCGAGAAGUACGGCCGCGAGCUUGUUGGUCUGAUCAACGACAUUGACCGCCUGAUGGCGACAAGCCGACACUUCCGGCUCGAGAGCUGGGUCGGCGACGCGCGUAACUGGGCGCAAGACGCUGGAGCGAAGGACGACAUGGAGUUCCAGGCGCGCAACCAGCUUAUCCUGUGGGGUCCGGCUACUUUCGCACCCUGGCCCCUUGACCGCUACGCUGCCAAGCACUGGCACGGUAUCAUGAGCGAGGUGUACGCCAAGGGCUGGGAGCUGCUCUACCAGAACCUGUUGAAGACGGAACCCAAGGCGUGGAACAAGACCGCGUUUGCGAGCGAGCUCAUGGAGAAGGUCGAGAAGCCGUGGGAGAACGUCAAGUCUGGCGGCGUCCAGGGUCCACAGGGAGACUCGGUCGCAGUCAUUCGCGAGCUGAGGGAGAAAUACAAGCAGUGGCUGCAGUGA